UUUCGUUUUCUGGCAAAGUGAGGGAGAGAAAAUAUUCUCAUUCUAGUACGAGUACUUCCCAUUUUUGACGAUGUUUAACUCCAGAGCAGCGUUGUUGUAUGGGGCGUGUCUGCACAUGACUUUGCUACUGAUUUUCUCAGGCGUUUCUCUCUCACGCACAGUUGUCAAGACCCUACCUGGGUUUGCUGGUGAUCUACCAUUUACGCUUGAAACUGGAUAUAUUGGCGUAGGUAACACCGAAGAUGUGCAGCUGUUUUAUUAUUUCGUAGAGUCUCAGAGAAGCCCUGCACAGGACCCUGUCGUGCUCUGGCUCACCGGUGGCCCCGGCUGUUCUACUCUCUUGGCAUUCUUUUACGAGAGUGGACCUUUGGGUUUCACUUAUUCCGAAUACAAUGGGAGCUUACCGUCACUACAUUUGAACCCAUACACAUGGACCAAGGGCCUGAACAUAAUAUACGUGGAUGCACCCGUUGGCACCGGAUUCUCUUACUCCACCACCUCAGAAGGCUACUACAGUAGUGACACAGCAACAGCAGCACUCACCUAUGAGUUUCUAAGGAAGUGGCUAAUGGAGCACCCACAAUUCAAGUCGAAUCAACUGUACAUAGGUGGUGAUUCGUAUUCAGGGAUAACUGUGCCGUUGGUCGUUCAAGAAAUAAUAGGGGGCAAUCAAAUUCAAGAAUAUCCACGCAUGAAUCUGAAAGGUUAUGUGCUUGGGAACCCAAAGACGGAUACUCAAAUUGAUGAUAAUUCAAGAUAUUCUUAUGCUUACCACCUAGCUCUUAUUCCAAAGGAACUCUAUGAGACCGCCUAUAUAAGCUGCAAUGGAGACUUUGUGAAUGUGGAUUCAAGCAAUGCACAAUGUGAGUCGGUUCUUCAAACCAUUGAAGAGUUGAUCCUUGAGAUAAAUCUUCAACAUGUUCUUGAACCUUCAUGCUCCAUGACAUCCCCAGAACCAAGUUCAGUGAAUUCAGAUCGGCGAUCCCUAAGAGAGCAGUCCCAAGAUCUUCUCCUCUCACAUCCUAAAGGCCCUGCAUUUUGGUGCCGGAAUUAUCGACACGUGCUGUGUGGCAUCUGGGCAAAUGAUAAGAGCGUCCAAGAAGCUCUUAAUAUUCGAAAGGGAACGAAGGAGACAUGGAAGAUGUGCAACAGCAGCUUAUCUUACACACAGGAGUUCUCAAGUGUCGUUAGUUAUCACAAGAAUUUUACUCAAGCUGAACUAAGAGCUCUGAUAUACAGUGGUGAUCAUGACAUGUCUAUUCCCCACACUGGCACACGGCAAUGGAUAAGAUCAUUUAACAUGACUCUAAUGGAUGCUUGGCGACCAUGGUACCUCGAUGCUCAAGUUGCAGGAUACACGGAGGAGUAUACAGAAAAUGACUUUGUCCUGACAUUUGUGACCGUGAAGGGAGGGGGUCACAUUGCUGCAGAGUACAAGCAGAAGGAGUGUGCUGCCAUGCUUGACAGAUGGUUUGCUUAUUACCCUAUGUAGUUUAGUUGUGACUGAGAAGAAUAAAAAGAUUGUUGGUGCUGCCCAAAACACAUCAAAACCAUUGCUGACCUAAUUUUUGGGCUUUGAGCCCAGAUGCAACUGGGCCGAAUUUUUUGGUCCAUUCUCAAGCAGGAAAUAUUUUUCUUCUUACAAAUAGCAUUGUAGUUUGUAUCAA